CAGGCUUUCAGCUCACACAGCUUUCACAACACAUACAUAGCCAUAGCCAUUGAGAAAUGAUCGUGUGGCUGCCAGAAACCUGAGAUCUCAAUUUCCGACGCCGAUAACUCCUUCUAUCCAAUUUCCUUUUCCUUUUCAUACAGAUACGUAGUUAGGGUUUAUAUGGCUUCGGAGACUAAGAUCGUCAAUCUGGCCGAGGAGGCCAAGCUCGCCAGAGAAGGCGUCAAAGCUCCCAGUUAUGCAGUUAUGACCAUCUGCAAGUCCCUCGUCGCCGGUGGAUUCGCCGGAGGAGUAUCACGAACAGCAGUUGCUCCCCUGGAACGGUUGAAAAUUUUGCUACAGGUCCAGAAUCCCCACAACAUAAAAUACAAUGGAACAAUUCAAGGUCUAAAAUAUAUAUGGAGAACUGAAGGUUUUCGUGGACUGUUCAAAGGGAAUGGUACCAAUUGUGCUCGAAUUGUCCCUAAUUCUGCAGUGAAAUUCUUCAGUUAUGAGCAAGCUUCCAAAGCUAUACUACGUCUGUAUCAGCAGAAAACUGGAAAUGAGGAUGCUCAGCUGACUCCUCUUUUACGCCUUGGGGCUGGAGCAUGUGCUGGAAUAAUUGCCAUGUCUGCAACUUAUCCGAUGGACAUGGUUCGAGGCAGGAUAACUGUACAGACAGAGAAGUCCCCUUACCGGUACAGAGGAAUGUUCCAUGCUCUGUCAACUGUGCUUAGGGAAGAAGGUCCACGUGCUUUAUAUAAGGGCUGGCUUCCUUCAGUCAUUGGAGUUAUUCCUUAUGUGGGUCUCAACUUUGCUGUGUACGAGUCUAUGAAGGAUUGGUUAAUUACAUCCAAAUCAUUUGGUCUAGCUCAAGAUUCUGAGUUGAGUGUGACAACUCGCCUGGCAUGUGGUGCUGCUGCUGGAACUGUUGGACAAACUGUUGCUUACCCUCUUGAUGUCAUUCGUCGAAGAAUGCAGAUGGUGGGCUGGAACCAUGCUGCUUCUGUUGUAACUGGUGAUGGAAGAGGCAAGGUACCACUGGAAUACACUGGCAUGAUUGACGCAUUCAGGAAAACUGUUCGGUAUGAGGGAUUUGGUGCAUUAUACAAAGGUUUGGUGCCCAAUUCUGUAAAGGUGGUCCCAUCCAUAGCAAUUGCGUUUGUAACAUAUGAGGUGGUGAAGGACAUUUUAGGAGUGGAGAUGAGAAUAUCGGACUGAAGCCAAUCCGCAUGAUGUGGUUGCCUCCUGUUGUUUUUUUUGUAGGCAAGAGGAUGCAGAGAUGAUAAAUUAGGGCUAUUUUCUCUUUUUUCAUCUCUCAAUAGAAUUAUUUAGAAAGCACUUGAGCUAGUGUCUAUAAAUUAAUUCUCUUGUUUCCAAUUUAUAUUUCCUUGUGAACAUGCUGUAGCAUUCAGCUUCUUAUUCAUCUUCUAUGGCAAUAAGUGUCGUGAGAAAACAAUGCAAGGACAUGUGCUUGGUUUUCUGCACGAGUGAAGAAAACAUUUUUAUUGGUGGAAUAUUCAGUGACUGAUUACUGAUGCCCCUCCCUACCCUCAUCUUAGAAAGCGUGUUUGUUACUACAUUUGCAUUGUCU